GGAGCCCUCUCUGGUUGGUUCAAUCAGAAAGAUAGUUUGCGGGAGGACGUGAGUCACCCCCGGGUCUCUGGGGGCCAGGAAGACCGGAGCGGGGUGCAGCGGGGGGAGCAUCCCGAGCCCCCCGGUGCUCAUGCCGGUGCGACCCUCCACCCAGACGCCAGACGCUCCCGGUCCUACCUCUGUCCCCGAAAGGCCGACCCGGGACCAGGACUGGGGUGCGGGAAGUUUACUUGGGAGGUGACGCCGGGAGGCCCCAGUGGGGAGGAGGGAAACCGAGGCAGGGAGGGAAGCAACCCGAUGGCGUUUGCCCAAAUGAGGGGGUUCCCGCCGAGGGCAGCGGAGGCAGAGUCCUGCUGGAGCGGAGAAGCCGCAGGAGCACGGCUCAGCAUCGCCCCCUGGAGGACAAGGACACCGGGCGUGGGCUUCUCUCCAAGCUCGAGCACCCCUGGUGAGGCCGGGUGGAGGGGGGCAGCCUCGGCCUGGCCCAGGCCCCAGGCCAACAGGGCAGCCUCCGGGGCACCUUGGAACUGCUGAGGCACAUUCCUCCCCUCGGCUCCCCACCCCCUGCCCCCAGUUGUGGAGAGACAAGUAGAGGAGUGGGAGGGGUGGCUCUCACCGCCUCUGCCCCGCCUCCGACAGCCUCGAGGUUUAUAGGGCGACACGUUCAGGCUUCAUGCGCUGUGGCGGCCCUUGAGGCUGGAACUCCCCUUCUCCCUCUUCACAAUGAGGAAACUGAGGCCCCGGGAGGUGGCGGGACUGAGUCACCCCCCUCACCAGGGUUUUUGUCCGCCUCUCACUGCCCACGGACCUGCCGGGCCCCACACGGAGGGGCCGGCAGAUCCCUGGGUGGCGAGUCCCCAGCCGUCUCCCGGGCAUGCCGUGGGGUCUCCUACAGCGUCCGUCCAUUUCCGCUUCCACAACCCACCCUCCGAGGAGCUGGAACCUGAGGGCGCCUCCUGUCCCCUGCUCCGAGGCCCUCCAAGCUGGCCCCAAGAGGAUCACCCACCACCCUUGGUGUCCCACAUGUCGCUGGAGGAUGGCACUCUUCUGUGCCCCGCACCGGCUGCCCUGCAGCACCGCUCCGCGGGACCCCCUGGCAGGGCCGGGAUGGCCCCUCCAGCAGCAGGCUGAUAAGGACAACCUCUGGUUGUUACAUCAACGUGACGUGGGGACUCUGGCUGCGGCCACCCCAAAGGGCUUGGGAUCUGCUGUGACAUCAGCACGCACGCGAACCGGAUCCUGAAGAGCCGGCCGCCGGCUGGUCUCCCCGGGGCCGCCCCCCGCCCCCCACCUCCUCCUCCUGCCACCAGGAUAAAAGCCCCAGGGAGAGAUUCUGGUUGGGUCCGGGUCACGUGUCACCGGGACAGUGGCCCCAGACUGGGUCGUUCGUCCUCUCCUGAGACUGGGGGCACGUCUGUGCCAGAGAAGGUAGCGUGGACUCAGCUGUGAGUCAGGUCCCCUCCCCGGGUUUCCCCAGGGGCCAUUUUUGCCAUGGGACUGAAGGGUGAGGGCUGAAGGGGACGUGGGCCCAGCAGAGGUCUGUGCCUCAGUUUCUCAGUCUGACACAAGGGUUGGGUUUGGGGGCCCUUUCCAGGGGUUCUACUGGCUAUUCAACCAGUUUUGGCCCCUCCCUGCACGAGCCAGCUUCUCAGAAUGAGUGUUGUCAUCUGUGCCCUCCACCCCGUGCCCCUAGUUUCCAACAGGCAGGGAGCCAGGUCCCCUGCGGGACAGGCUUCCAGCCUUUCGGCCACAGCUCCCCCAUCAAGUUUGGCGCCCGCCCCCAGACAUGGCUGUGUGUCCCCGAGGUUCGCUCUCCCAGCAGCCUCACUGUCCUGGCCACACCCAAUCCAAGAGUGGACCGUGUCCCAAGGUCAAGUCGGCUUCUGCUUCUGGUCAAGCAAGAAAGAGUGCCGGCCAGCCCCGAGGCAGCCAUUUCCCACUUUGAGGGCAGGGCAGGGUCUGGCUGGGGCUCCGCGUGGGCCGCUCCCGGAUUUCUGGACAGAACGGUCGAGUCAGCUGCUCCCGUGACCGGCACUGUAAGGAGCUGGGAGCUGGGAUCAGGUUCACAGAUGAGCGGGCAAGGAUUCUCCAGAGCUUCCUGGCCUGACCGCAGGUCUCCGCCCCUGGCUUUGCCCGGCCCUCAGCAAGCUGUCAGCACCGCGGCCCGAGCCGGGCGUCCUUUGACAAACCCAGGUGUCCCUUUCCUGCCACCUCACAAGCGCUGCUCAAAGCAUCUUUGUUCGAGGCGGGACUGGUGAAGCCGCAGCCCCGCCCUGGCCUCCUUAAUCACCCCCUGGCCAGGCCCACACACCCCCAGUCCCUUUAAGCCCCCAGGUCCUGCCCCUGCCCAGUCAGCAGGGAGGGCACCGGCCAUGCAGGUAAGAGCAGGUUCAGGGGCAGACGGCAGGCCAUGGAAAUAGGUCGGGGGGCAGGGGCCAGGCUCCAGGGCUCCUGUGGAGGCCGGGGGGGGGGCCCAAAGCUUGGAGGGGUUGGAGCACAGUCAUGGUCCCCGGGGUGCGGGGACAGGGAGGUGCACAGGACCUGUGCCCCUGGGAUACGUCCAGGGCCAACCAGGGGCUGAGGGAACACAGAGGGCCUCUGGGGCCUGGGGCUAGGACCCUCCUCUCCCUGCAGGCACCGCCCGGAGUCCAGACCCUGAGCGGUGUCACCCUUCCCUGGCCCAGCUCUGAAGACAGAAUGAGGGGGGCCUCCCGCCUCCAGCUUUUGCCGCUGCUGUUGCUGCUAGGAGCUCCUGGGACACCGGACUCUGCAGCCUGCGGGCAGCCCCAGGUGUCCAGUCGGAUCGUGGGGGGCCGGGACGCUCGGGACGGACAGUGGCCGUGGCAGGCGAGCAUCCAGCACCGCGGGGCGCACGUGUGCGGGGGCUCGCUCAUCGCCCCACAGUGGGUGCUGACGGCGGCGCACUGCUUCCCGAGGUCAGCGGGGUGCGGGGGCGCCGCCAGGCCGGCUCCGGGGGAUGCGGGGGCCCGGGGUGCCGCGGGGACCGGGGAGGGGCCGCCGUCCGCAGCGCCGCCCCUGUCCCGCAGGCGGGUGCUGCCGUCGGAGUACCGCGUGCGCCUCGGGGCGCUGCGCCUGGGUUCCGCCUCGCCCCGCGCGCUCUCGGCGCCCGUGCGCAGGGUGCUGCUCCCCCCGGACUACUCGGAGGGUGGCGGCCGCGGCGACCUGGCGCUGCUGCAGCUGAGCCGCCCGGUGUCCCUGAGCGCCCGCAUCCAGCCCGUCUGUCUGCCCGAGCCCGGGGCCCGCCCACCGCUCCGAGCGCCCUGCUGGGUCACCGGCUGGGGCAGCCUCCACCCCGGAGUGCCACUCCCAGAGUGGCGACCUCUGCAGGGAGUAAGGGUGCCGCUGCUGGACACGCGCACCUGUGACCGCCUCUACCACGUGGGCACCAGCGUGCCCAGAGCGGAGCACAUAGUGCUGCCCGGGAACCUGUGUGCCGGCUACGUCGAGGGCCACAAAGAUGCCUGCCAGGGUGACUCUGGGGGACCCCUGACCUGUGUGACGUCUGGGCGCUGGGUCCUGGUGGGUGUGGUGAGCUGGGGCAAGGGCUGCGCCCUGCCCAACCGUCCAGGUGUCUACACCAAUGUGGCCACUUACAGCCCCUGGAUUCGGGCUCGCCUCAGCCUCUAAUGCAGUGAGCUGGAGCCAGAGGCUGGGGUCCCUCUGAGGACCUGCACGUUCCCUCCCACCUUGCCCCUUCCCACUUAAGGCUCAUAAGCCUUAGAAAGCUGCGGGGCCAUCCGUCUCUCCAUCCCCUGCCUCCUCCUUGGAGCUCACCAAACCCUAGCCGCCAGCCCUCCUCCUGGAGCCUCCCCUGCGUCCCCGGGUCUCACACUCCUCCUUCCCCGUCCUGCUCACUUUUACCCUUCUCUGCUCCAGCCAGGGGCCUGGGCACCCAGAGGCGGGCAAGCCAGCUGGUGCCCGGUCUGGCCCGUGUGCCUGCCUUUUUCUGGAGAAAGUCAGGGAAAUUCAAAGUGUGAGAGGGAUUCAGCCCCAGAGAGAUGAUCCUCCAUUGCUGGCUUUGAACAUGGAGGAGCUGCUGGCGAGGAGCCACAGGCGAGCGGCCUCCAGGAGCGGAAGCCAGCCCCCGGCGGCGGACAGCCAGCAGGGGGCACCUCCGUGCCCCGACUGCAAGGAAGGGAAGCUGGCCGACAACCUGAAUGAGCUUGGGACCCCGUUCCCCCCACAGCCUCCAGAGGAGCGCCCACCCCGCAUCAGCGUGCCCACCAGACCAGGCCCUUGAACCCAGCGGAGCCCACCCAGACCUCUGGCCUGCAGAGUUAUGACUUAAUAAAUUUGUGUUGGUUCAGGC